AUGCUUGUGGAUGGAAAUGAAAACUGGGUCCGAAAUCUCUCCAAUCGCGUGAUCACACAGGAUGAAAAACGAAUCCUCAAUAAAGGACUGAACUUCAACGUCAGAAAUGCCACAAACAAGAAAUACUUGGCGGAACUGGAACAAACUCUCAAAUCGUCCACAAUACCUGAAGAUGCGAAACAAACCAUCCGACAAAUAAUCGUCCCAGCCCUGAUGCGAAAAGGAAACCACAGUAUGCUAUCGAACCGCGAGGAAGCCACUUCACAGGCACUGAUGAUGUCACCUCGGCUGAUGAUGGAACGUUUGCAAACAAAUUGCCAAGCUGGGAGAACAGGCGAAAUAGAAGCCUCUCCUCCUAAUGGGAUUUUUAUCUGA